CCUGAUCGUUAGGGUUUGUAGAGUCGUGGAAGAGCAUACAAACAAUUUAAUUUAUAGCGUUAUAGUUGUUGAAUUUGUCUCUAGACAAGCAAUGUUACGACCGAAAGCACUAACACAAGUUUUGAGUCAGGCAAACACAAGCGGAGUGCAAAGUACCCUGUUACUUAAUAAUGAAGGUUCUCUCCUGGCCUAUUCGGGAUAUGGGGACACAGAUGCACGAGUCACAGCAGCCAUUGCUAGCAACAUCUGGGCUGCCUACGAUAAAAAUGGACACCAAGCCUUUAAUGAAGACAAACUUAAGUUUAUUUUGAUGGACUGCAUGGAAGGCAGAGUGGCCAUUACACGCGUUGCAAAUUUACUGUUGUGCAUGUAUGCCAAAGAAACUGUGGGCUUUGGAAUGCUGAAGGCCAAGGCUGAAGCUCUCGUACAGUACCUUGAGGAGCCCCUAACACAAGUGGCAGCAUCAUAGGACAACACUGAAACAAUGCCUACGUUGUUUCUUUUUCUCAGAGAACAAUGUGAUCUGUUUUCAACUCAAGUGGCACCAGAGACUGAGACAUCCAACAUACCUGUCUUUGAUUUUAAGGAUGUCUUAUGUUAAUGGUUUUACUAUUUAUUUAUGGGCUAAAUUUGUAUGCUUAAUAGUGUUAAAAUGUUUCUGAUGGGCUCCACAUUUACUUAUGUUCUGCCUGUUGCUCUUCUACUAACUAAUACUGCAAGUGGUGUUUGGGCAAAACAUAUAAAUGUGCUUUGUUGGCUUUGCAUACAACAAAUAAUUACUUUGUAUAAUAUGCUGUUAUUUAAUAUAAAACUAAGA